CCAUUGCAUCCUACGAAUUGACAGUGCUGCUGCUGUUCACACGUCAUAAGAGUUGCAAACACGCUGCCGCUCAGACUGUAUUUCGGAGCAGUACGUGCCGGAUAUUAAACGAGUGUGACAUUUCGCCUCUACUUGUAUCAAUAUUUCACUGUCUGUUCGUCUUUCUACAUUCACUAUAUUCUCUUGUUUUCACAUACGUGGCAGAUAAAACAAUCUCGAUAACAUGUGUGGAAUUUUCGCUUAUCUGAACUAUAUGACGCCGAAGAACAGGAAGGAAAUUUUGGAGCUACUAGUUGUUGGUCUGAAAAGAUUAGAAUAUCGCGGAUAUGAUUCUGCAGGCGUCGCCGUCGAUAGCGCGGAUGGCAAGGACAUGUCGAUUAUCAAGAAGCAGGGAAAAGUUAAGGCUCUUGAGGAAGAGAUAUUUUGCCGUACCAAUCUAGAUUUCGAAUCGGAAGUUCAGUGCCAUGUCGGUAUCGCUCACACGCGAUGGGCGACUCAUGGUGUGCCAUCAGAGGUGAAUGCUCAUCCUCAACGCUCCGAUAGUGAGCAUGCCUUUGUCGUUGUUCAUAAUGGUAUCGUGACAAAUUAUAAGGAAGUCAAAACUCUGCUGCAACAGAGAGGAUACGUGUUCGAGAGCGAUACUGAUACCGAAGUUAUUGCCAAGUUGAUUUAUCAUUUGUGGGUACAGCAUCCCACGUACUCAUUUCGUGAACUCGUCGAGCAAGUUGUUCAACAAUUGGAAGGAGCUUUUGCUCUUUGCUUCAAAAGCAAGUACUUCCCAGAUGAAUGCGUGGCUACGAGGCGAGGAUCGCCGCUUCUUGUUGGUAUCAAAACGAAAACGAGAUUGGCUACUGAUCAUGUGCCUAUUUUGUACGGAAAAGAUGACCUUCACUGCACAAACAAAGAAGGUGAAGCACCGUCUAAAGAUCACCGACCGCAUGGCAGAAACCCAGAACUUCCGGUCAUGCCGCGUAGCGAGAGCACGUCCGAAUUUCAACCUCUUGAGGACAAAGAAGUUGAAUAUUUUUUCGCUUCUGAUGCGAGUGCCAUAAUCGAGCACACAAAUCGUGUGAUAUUCCUGGAAGACGAUGAUGUGGCAGCCGUUAGAGAAGGCGCAUUGAGCAUUCAUCGUCUUCGUCGUUAUAUGGACGAUCCUCACGCUCGUGAGAUCACGACGUUAAAGAUGGAGAUUCAGCAGAUUAUGAAGGGCAAUUAUGACUACUUCAUGCAAAAAGAAAUUUUCGAGCAAUCGGAGUCAGUUGUGAACACCAUGAGAGGACGUUUGAAUUUUCAAGAUAAUUCUGUUACUUUGGGCGGAAUUAAAGAUUAUAUUCCCGAGAUCAAAAGAUGCAGACGUCUUAUGCUGAUUGGCUGUGGUACUAGCUACCAUUCUGCCAUAGCUACGCGACAACUACUCGAAGAAUUGACAGAAUUGCCGGUGAUGGUCGAACUUGCGUCCGAUUUUUUGGACCGCAACACGCCGGUCUUUAGAGACGACGUUUGUUUUUUUAUUUCUCAAUCGGGCGAGACAGCUGACACAUUAAUGGCACUACGUUAUUGUAAAAGUCGUGGAGCUCUUAUUGUGGGUAUAACUAAUACGGUGGGUAGUAGUAUUUGUCGCGAGUCCCAUUGUGGUGUGCACAUCAACGCCGGUCCUGAAAUUGGUGUGGCAAGUACCAAGGCUUAUACUUCGCAAUUUAUUUCUCUCGUGAUGUUUGCACUAGUAAUGAGUGAAGACAGAAUCUCUCUUCGUGCGAGACGUCUACAAAUUAUUGAAGGUUUGAAAAAUCUUGAUAAUCUCAUUCGCGAAGUAUUAAAGCUUGACGAUAAAGUAAAAGAGUUGGCGAAGUCUUUGUUUCAACAUAAAUCUCUGUUGAUUAUGGGUCGUGGAUACAAUUUUGCUACAUGUAUGGAAGGCGCACUUAAAGUAAAAGAAUUGACAUAUAUGCACAGCGAAGGAAUUAUGGCUGGUGAAUUAAAGCAUGGUCCAUUAGCUCUUGUUGACGAUUCUAUGCCGGUGAUUAUGAUCGUAAUGAGAGAUCCGGUAUACGUGAAAUGCAUGAAUGCACUGCAGCAAGUUACCGCGCGAGAUGGCAAACCGAUCGUUAUUUGCGAGGAAGGAGAUGAGGAAACGAAAGCUUUUGCCGAUAGGGCUCUCGAGAUACCCAAAACAGUUGAUUGCUUGCAAGGAAUUCUCACCGUUAUUCCCAUGCAACUAUUGUCAUUCCAUAUUGCGGUUUUGCGUGGUUGUAAUGUCGACUGUCCAAGAAACUUGGCGAAGUCAGUCACGGUUGAGUAAAGAUCAUAUAGAUCUAUGAAUUCUUUCGGAAUAUGUCACAAAUUUACCACGACUUUAUGUUGCCACAAGAUUUUUUUAAGCCAUACGAAGAUGAGAAAAUUACAUAUAAA